AUGUCGGAAGAACGCCUCUUUAGAUUCUCCAGGCCUGAAUGGCUUAACAGCGCGUGGGUGAGGAACGCGGGGGUUUAUGCUGCUGGUGCUUUUUUCUCCCUAGCCUUCUACACCCUCCUCGACUCGGCCGUCUGGUCCCACUCCCCCCUCAACGCCUCGGACGUGCACAUCCACUUUGUCGACUGGCUGCCCUUCAUCUUUAGCACGCUCGGCAUGCUCAUCAUCAACAGCGUCGAGAAGGCUCGACUUUCUGCCGAGAGCUUUUCCUACAGCGGCAGCGGUGUGGCAUGGAAGGCGCGCGUGGUCUUGUUUUUGGGGUUUGCGUGUCUGGCGGGUGGCAUGGCCGGUGGUGUCACGGUGUUUGUGCUCAAGUACGUGGUGAAGGAUGUCGGGUUUCCGGCGUUGAGGAUGGGGGUGGAGAACUUGGUUGCUAAUGGGUUGGUUGGGUUGAGCGCCGUCGUCCUCUGGAUCUCCCAAAACAUGGAAGACGAAUACUCUUACAACCUCGCGCUGUAAGUCACCGGGUUCGGUUCGGUUCGGUUCGGUUCGGUUCGGUUGUGUUGCUCUUAAAGGAGUAUGGCUAUGAUCGAUCUCUCGUCUCCAAGAUCCCCGCCCGCACACACACACACACAUAUAUAUACACACCACACACAGAAAGGC